AUGCCCAAAACCACGGCCCCUGUGGCCGGCCGCCAGGCUAGGCGUCACAAUCCCCUCGAGGACGACAUUACCGCCACCGGACUGCUGCGAAACAAGCCGAGCAAGAAAAAGUCGACUAACAGCCAGUAUGCCGACCAAAGCUUCGUCGACUCCAAGGCCUCGCACAAUAUCCUGCGCAUCGGUCGCGAGCUGGCCGACGAGGAAAACGCCGAGAUGCGAGCCGCCAUGCCGGAGCCUGCCGUCGACAACUUUGGCUACGACUCGCGAUUCGACGACGCUGCAGACGAACAAGGCAAAACGUACGACGACGACGAUGCAUGGGGCGAUCUCGAGACUUACAACAAGUUUAUGCCCGACGACGACGAAGACGACCUCCUCAAACACGGUUGGGAUCGCAAGCCUUCUGGCGAGGACGAGGGAGAGAGCAUCAACUUGGCCGAUCUCAUUCUACAAAAGAUUGCCGCGCACGAGGCUGCCGAGGCGAGGAAAGAGGCCGGCUUGCCCGUCGACGAUUACGAGCUUCCCCCCAAGGUCGUCGAGGCUUACACCAAAAUCGGACAGAUCCUCACUCGCUACAAGUCGGGGCCGCUACCCAAGCCCUUUAAGAUUCUCCCCACGGUGCCGCACUGGGAGGAGAUUCUCGACAUUACAAAGCCCGAGAGCUGGACGCCCAACGCCUGCUACCAAGCGACCAGGAUCUUUGUUUCCCACAAGCCCGUCGUCGUCCAGCGAUUCCUUGAAAUGGUGAUUCUGGAAAAGGUCCGCGAGGAUAUUUACGACAACAAGAAGCUCAACGUUCACCUCUUCAACUCGCUCAAAAAGGCCCUCUACAAGCCUGCGGCAUUCUUCAAAGGCUUCCUCUUCCCGCUCGUGGGCAGCGGGACGUGCACCCUGCGAGAGGCGCACAUCAUCUCGGCCGUCCUUGCUAGGAUAUCUAUUCCCGUCUUGCACUCGGCCGCCGCCCUCAAGGGCCUGUGUGACAUUGCCGCUCAAGAGGCGUCACAGGGCAGCGAAGGCGGCGGCGCGACAAACAUCUUCAUCAAGACGCUGCUGGAGAAGAAGUACGCCUUGCCGUACCAGGUCAUCGACGCCCUCGUGUUCCACUUCCUGCGGUUUCGCAGCGUCGACCCCGCCGGUGUACAGCCAGGAGAUGCCAUGGCUGGGCUGUCGGCCGAGGGCGAUGCCAGGGCCAAGCUGCCCGUCAUCUGGCAUCAAAGCCUGCUUGCGUUUGCACAGCGAUACAAGGGAGACAUCACCGAGGACCAGCGCGAGGAGCUGCUGGAUCUCCUGCUGAGCCACGGCCACUCGGCCAUCGGGCCCGAGGUUCGACGAGAGCUGCUGGCUGGGCGGGGCCGCGGCGUGCCUCUGGAGCCGCAGGGCAUGGCGCUAGACGGAGAUGAUACCAUGGCCAUCGACUCAUGA